UACCCCUUGUCUGUAGUCAGCACUCUAUUUACUUCUUUUUUUUUCUCCGGAAUAGACGACACUACAACAUCUACACGCCACGACCGAGAAGGAGAAUUUUCCAGCAAAGCCACUCUACGACACUCGCUUUCAUGAAGUGAAUACACCCCCGCCUUCAUACCACCCACCACUCCCUCCUCGCCUAGCCUCCUCCCCUCCAAGUGAACCGUGAUCGAAGCGAAACCUCCUCCCCUCCAGAACCACCAAGUAAACGACAACCACGAGCCUCGCCCAGCAAGGCUCAUCUACCCUCCCUCCCUCCCUCCUCCUCCUCCCACAAAGAUGUCAAUCCCAGACGACUCAUCCAACAAUGGCCCCCCAACAUCCCCCAAACGCGCCGCACAAGACGACCUAGCAACCGACCCCGAAGCCCACCCUCCCGCCUCGAAACGCUCCCGCGCCGCAAGCCCCUCGCAAGACGAAGACGACGAUGACGACGACAGCGAGGCAAAGACGCGGGCUACGACGGCGGCGAUGGCGAAUGCGUCCCUGACGGCUGGUGAAGGCGAGGGCGAGCGGGAUGUCGGCGACAGUUCAGCAGCAGCAACAGCAGCAGCAGCAGCAGCAGCUCCCUCGGCGCAAACGACACAACCCCCGAGAGCAGCGCCAGCCGAGACAUCAGAAACAACACAGCCUCCUCCGGCCGCCGCACCAAAGACCAAAAUGUGCGGAGUGUGUCACGAAAAGGAGGGAAAAUACAAGUGCACGCGCUGCGCAUUACCAUUCUGUUCCGUCCCGUGUAAUAAAACGCACCGCGAGAACCACCCGCCCGAUCCCGAACCGGCGCCGAAGCCUGAACCAGCCGCCAUCGAGCCCCCCGCACUGAGCGCCGCCGUCACUGCCGUGUACGACCCAAGGAACCCCUUUAGCGUCCUAGACGACUCGGAUCAGCUCCGUUACCUCUUCCGGCGGUACCCGACACUACAAGCGCGACUACUCGACAUCUUCGCCGCCACGGAGCCGCCGCCUGAGCUGCAGUCGACGGGCAGCAGUCUCAACGACAUGAUGAAGGCGCGGGCGUUGGCGGCCGCGAACCCGAAGAAGGAGCAGUGGACGCACGACGUCGGGAUCCGCAAGGGAAAAGAGGCUCUGCGGAGGGCCAGGGUCGCCGACGGCGAGGACGGCGAGGGCGUGAGGGAGUAUGUUGAGCUCAUCAACCACCUCAUGUCGCAGGCGAGCGCAGCAGCCGAGACCGAGGAGGUGUUCCGGAAACAGGCGGCUGACAAGGAUGCCGAGCUGAUUAGGCGCCUCAUGACGGAGGACUGCGGGUGAGGACGUUUUGGGUUGGUAUUGGUAUAGGUAUGAUUAGAGCGGGGCGCCUGCGGGUAUAAUGCGGCGGCCCUUUUGUGUUGGAUAAGGCGCACACAGACGUUCGAUCGAGUGUGCUGUGAAAGCACUGUG